CUGCAGAGAUUUGCUAUUCGACUACUGUUAGGUGAUGGAGCCUGACAAAUCAGGAAAGAACAGGCGCCAUCAUGUGCACGAUGGUGAUGUUGUGCUGCUUCUUAUUCGUAGCCCAGACAAAACUGGUUAUGUUUACAGUGAACCUUUAAGUUCUAGUAUUGAAAAAGGUGAAUUGACAAUUUCGUCACAACCGAAGUCACAACAAAUGAGUGAUCAAGACACUGGUUUUAUUAACGAUUUUGCAUUGUUUCGUAUCAUUCAUGGUAGUCUACCUAAUGAUGACUAUAAGGAGCUAGAAUUACUAGAUGAAAAUAAGCCAGAAGCGUUAUUAACCUUUGUGUAUGGAAGCACUGUCAAACUAUGUCAUUAUGUGUCUGGUCGAUAUCUAACUGUUUCAAAUAAAAAAGAUGUUAAUCUUGAAAGUGAAGAUAAGGGAGAGAUGUCUCUGUUUAGGAUUGUUCCUCCUCAUAAAGAAAAGGGAUGGGGUAAAUCACUAAUGAUGAAUGAUGGCAUCAAGCUUGAAAGCAUUCUUCAUAAAGGCACUGAGAUUAAGUUUCGUCAUAACCCUGAUGAAAUCUGUUAUCGUCCUGCCUUAGGAGGUGAUGGCACUGUAUUUUCUGUUGAGCCUUACAGUUGUAUGGACAAGUUGUCAAACCCUCAAACAAUAAAGCGAGGAAGUAUUGUUAUGUUGGCUGGUACAAAAAUUGAUGGAUAUCUUUCUGCUACAGGCUCACUUGUUUCCAGAAAGUUACCAACUGAGUCUCAAGAUAAAGGUACAGUAAGCUUACGAAGGUGGAGAAAGGGAUUUUUUAACACUCAGCCAUUUUCUGGUGACACAUUCUUUCAGUUAGAGAAAGAAAAAGCAGAGAUAUUUAAAGGGGAUGAUUUUGCCUUAGAAAAUAAAUGUCGAAUAAAGCACUUACUUACGCAGCAGUAUAUAUCUUUAAGAAAUGGCAAAAUUGUAGUUCAAGAGGGUGAAGGUGAAGUAUUUAGUAUUGGAGCAGUUGAUACUAGACCUAAGAAAGUACUACAGUUCUCAGAUCAAGUCAUAUUUUAUAAUGGCACAAAAUCUGAUAAGCAAAAAUGUUUAUGUUUUGAUGUUGAGAAAGAGAAAGUGUCAGAUAUCCAACUUGUUCUUGGAGAAGAAAAAACCCUAUUUAAACUAAUAAAGGUUGAUAAUGACACUGUUGCUGACGUCUAUGAAGUUAUGGGAAUGACUUUAACUUUAGAAAAGUUUUUGACUACUGAAGUAAUGAGUUCGAGGAUUAUUGAGCUAAUGAAAGGAUUGCAAGCUUCAUUUAAUUGUUCCCUUAACAAAACACGGCUUGCAAACAUGCUCAGGACUUUGAAAAUGAUUGAUGUUUUGGCAGUCAUUCUGAGUAAAAUAAAUCAAUCUUCUCAGGAAAAGCAGGAUUUAUGCAGCAGUAUUUGCACCUCUUUACUACUCUACGUAAAGAAUGGUAGCUUAAAAUCACUUCACUAUCUCACUCAAAAAAAGCUUCUUCUUGAUGUUUUAUUGAAAUUGGUUGGACGUAAAUGUGGCGCUGAAAAUGUUCUUAUUACUUUUUUUAAUGGAUAUCCGAAAGCAGACAGUUCUCUAUUACAAGGAUAUCUUUUACCCUUGAUUCAAGCAGUUCCUCGACCUGACCCCUCGGCUCAAGAAUCAGAUGAAGUCAAUUUGCUUAGCACGUUAGCAUUUAAUGUAAAAUGGAUGAAUUGGGAAGUUCAAGAAAAAACUGCUGAAAAAGUCUCUGAAAUGUUUGACUCCUGUAUUUCUGCUCAAGAACUAAUUCAAUUUUUUAAAAGUAAUGGAAGAGAUAUCGAAAAAUCUUUGAGCUCUGCAAAUAGCUCUUUCAGUACUUUCAUAAAAGUUGAUAAAAAUGAAAAAUUUCAGUUUGAUUCUCCAGCUUCAGCAAAUUCUUUUGAUGAUGUAAAUCAAGCCAUUAAAAAACUGAAUGAAGAUGAUUUUAAACCUAAGACUGACUAUCAUGCUGUUCAUAUUCAAGCAUUGAUUGCAAUUACUUUUCUUAUUGACUUUGGAGUCAUUAAUAAUUGUAACAAAGUCGUUCAAAUUUUAAUUGCAGUACUAAAUGGAAAGCAGCCUACUGAUGAUCAUGAUAGCCACCAUGAUCCUGUUGCUCUCAAAAUGAAAGCUUUAGCAUUGAUGUCUCUCAAAUCACUUCUUAGAUGGAAUGUUAACACUUCUAUUAAAAAAUUAUGUCAAGAUUUUAACUGCUUAAGAAAGAAAUGUCAAACUGCUUCUCUUAAUGACAACAUUGAUAACUCUGAUGGUAUUGAAUUACCAGAGGUUGUUGUUAAGUGUGAUAGAUGUCCCCCACCAUUGAUGUCAGAAUUAGUGGGCAAAAGUGAAUUAAGAAAAGAAUUGACAGGGGUAGUACAGUAUCAUUUAAGGGGGUAUUGUAGUCAAAAUAGCAUUUUUGACAUUGAUAAAGAUGUUUGCAAGCAAUUAUGUAGCAGUUUGAUUGUUCUUGUUAAUCAUGAUGAUGCUGAACUUCGUCUAAGAAGUAUCGAACUGCUAUAUAGUAUCUACAGUCUUGAAGAAAUGAUCCUUGCCGAGAGUGCAGAAAGAGCAUAUUUUACUUAUGAAGAAUGUGAAGUUCAUAGUAGCAUGAAGCAAUUGGCUACAAUGACUGAUAAAGAACAACUCUUACGUCAAGUUUUUAAAAGGGAAAUUACUUCACAAAAUUUGCUGUCUGAGUUAAAGAAAUUAUCAGAAGCAUGUGUCUCAAGGGAAGACAAAACUGAACCAAAUAUUGUCAAUCAAGAAGCUGCUUAUAGUUGUGGAUUGUUUGAUGUCCUUCUUGAUAUUGUUCUGGAACCCAAAGUGUCAAGUGAUGAUGAAGUUAAUGAAGAGAUUCUGAAAAGCUGCUUCAUUGUUCUCCAAAAAAUUGCUAGGAAAAAUAAAAGAGUGCAAAGCAAGCUCUUUACUAGCUUAUAUGAUUUCCUUGAAGUUGAUACUGCAGUAUCAGAAAUGAUACAUCUACUCAAUGAAAUGUUUUCUAAUAAUUGCAAACAACUCUACAAAAAGCUAUCUCUUGCUGACAUUAGUCAUAUUUUUCAUAUUGCUCUUACAAGCAGCAACAAUGAGCAUUAUGAAUUAACUGUUACACUGAGGAUCAUUAUUGAAAAUACUAGUUUAGCUACUCCAGUUCAGGAACAUAUAGCACAACUCAUUGCAGAUUACAAAACACAUACCUUAAAACAAUUGUUAGGAAAUUUUAAGCUGGAACAAUUGAAAGACUGUGCAAGUCAUAAUACAACUCCCCAUCUCCUUCUUAAUGUAACUGAUCUUAUGGCUUCGUGUGCUACUGGAGAAUGUCAACAUGCAGAAUCCAUUUCUUCUCAAAUCUAUAGUAUUGAUGAAUUACUCAGCAUUCUAACUAGUAAAGAUAUAAAAAAUGAUGACUGGAAAUUGCCAUUUAUUCGUGUCUUGACUUGGACUUAUUUAUUCACUGAAAGAGACUCAGCUUCUGAUUGUCUAAAUUUAGCAUCUAAUAAUGAUUUUUGGGAAUUAUUAAAGGAUAUCAAUCCAUUAAUAAAAAAGCUGCUAGAGCAAAUUGUAACUAUGGAUAGUAAAAAUCAGCUGAAAAUUAUGAAUAAAUCCUACUGGAACACAUAUGCACUUGCAAAGGAGAAUGAAGAAUUUAAUAAAGAAUUUGCUGAUACUUGUAGAAAGUUAUUGUUUGUCAUUGAGGGUGUAAUUCCCUUGCUGUCAGGGUUCUGUCGGGAAAUGUCAGUCCAUUCAUAUAAAAAUCAACUGAAAGAUGAACAUAUCAAUAUCCUAACAAGUCUUGCAGAAAAUUUAAUGGUAAUUUAUACGUUAUGUAAAAGUAACAUCUUUUUUUUAAAGAAAUUUAUGGAGAAAGAAUAUUUUACUCAAUCUAUAUUGGAGCAGUUAGAGUGCUGUAAUUUUUUAGACAAUCUCCAUCAAUUAGGAAUAUGUAAAGAAGUAGAAUCAUUAUCUUCUGAUUCAAAUUCAAUGCCCCAUCGGAAUGAAACUGAAUGUGCAGUUAUUAACAGAAAUUUUCAAGCAUUCAUAAUGAAAUACUCCAAAGCAUAUUUUUCUGAGGAAACAUCAGAUGACAUGCAGAAGAGCUUAUCAAUUCCUAAAGAACCUAGUUUUGAGAAACUUCUUGAAUUAUUCAUGGAUACAAAUUUUAGCAAUGGUAGAUCUAGUCAGACACCAAAAAUUUUGACACUAAUACCAAUACUUCAAACAUUAGUUCAAAAGCAAAAGGAACUUGGUUUGCACUGCUUGGAAAGAACCAACUUAGAGAAAAUGACUGUAAAAACUUUGCAGUUAAUAUGUGGAAUAGUUUAUAAAAAAAUAUCACAAAUAAAUUCACAAAGAAAUGCUUUAAAACCAGAUGAAUUUCAAAAGCAAUGUGAGAUUAUUGUUCAGCCCCUUCAAAAGAUACUGCUUUGUGAAGAAAAUGGUUUUGUAAUGAUGUUGCUUGAUCUGCUGCAGCACCCUAUUAGUGAUAUAACCUUUCAAGUUUUGGCAUGCUUUAACGUUCUUCUUUACCCUGGAAAUCAUGAGGCUCAACAGAAAAUAACCAUUUGCAUCAAUCAACAUGAUCAGAAUUUUAUUUUAUGCAUCAGUCAGAUAUUAACGGAAGCUCAAUUGUCCCUUACAGAUUCCAAAAAAUUAUUGCAUCAACCUCCACAGCUCCAGUCACUAUUGUCAUCUACAAGAUUAGCAAGUCUGACUAUUAUGGAUAGUGAUGUGGAUGAUAAAAUUAUUCCAAAAGAUGCAGGCACUGCUCAUUCUGUUGAUUAUCGAAUUACAAUGGCAUUAGAUGUACUUAUUUGGUUGUGUGAUGGACAACAGAAAACAAUGCAAGAUGCUUUGAGUGGGAACAAACUAAAUGGCUCUAAUAUUGUUUGCCAAGUAGCUUUUUUGCUCUUAGCCAUUGUUGAGGAUUUGAAUGAUGCAAAGAUUAUUAUAGCACAAAAAGCAGUUCAGGCAUUGAUAGAGAUGUGUGCUGGCAGCUACAGCAAUCAGUCAAUUGCAUGCAAAGGUCAAGCAAUUGUCUCAAUAAAUGCAAUACUAGAAGCAGAUUUUAAAUUUCAAGACAAAAAAUUUCAACAAUUAAAAUGUUCAAGUAUGGAGCUGCUGGAGAUUUUACUGGAAGAGAUUGAUGAAAGAUCACCAAAAUUAGCACAUGUGAUUGUAAAGCAAUUACAUGUAUCACAUGUGUUAGAGGGAAUGCUACAAUCAUGGAAGCUUUUUUCCAAAGGAAAAUUUAUUGAGGAAUCAAGGAAUAGUUUAUUCAGAGCUUAUCAUAGCCUCAAAAGAAUUGCUAGCUAUAAAAAUGAAAGUAUCAAUACUUUAGUGGAAUAUGAAAAAAACUCAUUGGGAACUUCUAAAUUUAAAAAUUUGUUUGGAAAAAGUGUUAAGGAUGCCAAGAGAAUGUGGGAGCACUGUGAAAGCUGGUCAAAUAGUGUUGAAAUUAAUUACAAAACGCAAAAUGACAAAGUACUCACUAGAGCAUUUUUUCCUUAUGAUCCUCAUAAUCAUUUGAAUGAGCAUGAUAAAAAGACUAUAUUGUUGCAUAUUAAGAGAGGCACACCUCAAGAAAAGUUAUUUGAUCUACUGAAAUGGACAGAUGCAAUAAAAUCUGAUAAAAAAGCUAAGAAAAAUUUGUCAAGUGCAUUUCGCUGGCUUUUUAUAUUUUCCACUGGAAGACAUUUUGCGUUAUUUUGGCUGACACUUCUUAUGAACUUGAUUGUACUUUUUUCACUUAGUGCUCCAAUUACCUCUAACUUUGCAAGUGGUGUAUGUGAAGACAAUGGUCUUUAUAAUGAGACAUGUAACAGUACUAGUCCAAUGUAUUUUCAGCCAAUUUAUUCACCUGAGGCACCAGUGGGGUACUAUCCGCUUCUCUACAUUCUUGGUUCGAUACAUGCUCUACUCUCAUUAUGGAUGGCCUUACAAUAUUUUCUUAAAAACAGAAAAAAUAUACGCAUUGAAAUGCUACUCAUAACUCGGUUUAAGUAUAAGCUUGUUAAAGGAUUGUUGCGUAGAAAGAAACUUUACCAGGUCGUUAAUAGAAUACAUCAGCUUCUUUGCCGUGGACCGAUUCGCAACAAGAGGCCAAAACCAGCAGAAUAUUUUCAAAUAUUUUUAUUUAGUUUUCAUCCAAUCUAUCGCAUCCUGUUUGUUCUUUUCUCUAUAGCUGGACUGGCAACACAUGGCUACUUUUACUGUGGCUGUUUGAUAUAUCUGUUUUUAAGGAAUGAUGUUAUGUUGUACAUAGUUCGAGCUCUUAAACGAAGUGCUUUUCAGCUGAUCACUGUCUUUUUGCUGUGUGUGGUCAUCAUUUAUAUUUACGCUGUCUUCAGUUUUGCUCUCCUUCAGAAUUAUUUCUCUAAUACAAAGGAUGAGUUCUGCAAUACAUUGUUUGAAUGUUUUGUGACUGUGUCACGUCUGGGACUCUUGACUACUUUAGGAACAGCACUUGAUAUACGUCCAUCUAGUGAUUAUCAACCUAAUUUUUCACUCUUGGGAAUCAGAGCAUUUUAUGAUAUUGUUUUCUACAUUGUCGUGACUACACUCGGACUGAACAUAGUUAUUGCCAUACUGGUUGAUAGUUUUUCAGAUAUGAGACAGGAAAAUGAUGAAGUUGAGAAUGAUAAUAAAACCAAAUGUCUCAUUUGUAAUAUUGAAAAGGAUAAAUUUGAGAGGCAAAACAAGAGUUUUCAAAAGCAUCAUGAUGAAGAUCAUAAUGUUUGGAAUUAUAUCCAUUACAUUUUGUAUUUGGAUAGUCUCCAUGCCAAUGAUUACAAUGCUAUUGAGAAAUAUGUUUCUUCUCAGGUAGCAAAUGAGCCUAGCCCAAGAUCUAUUACUUUCUUUCCAUUGGACAAAGCAAAAUCUCUUCCUAACUAUCAAGUGUGAUACUACAGCAGUGGUCUUAUUUCCAAACUUAGUCAUGCAUUGCAUAUACACAUUUUGCUAGACUUUUAUUCUUACAAUAUGUAGUAGACUACUUUUAGAUGUAGUGAACUAGUUGCAAAAUAAUCUCUUUCCCUGUGAGAAUUAUAA